CUUGACACCGCCACUCAUUCCUACAGUGUAUUUUCUUACAGAAGGUAUUGCUAGUAAAGAUAACUUCACAGUCAUCAACCACGGUGGCUCAAUAUUCCCAUUGCAUUAUAAAAUCACCUCGAGUACUAUUAUCGAAUAGUUUCAAAACUAACAAAUCAAGUAUUCCGAAUCCGAGUUUAAUUUUGUUAAAAACUAACAAUGCAUUUAAAACAUUUUAUACCGUUUUUCUGCGUCACGUUAUAUUUCUUGCAAUGUCAAGGUGUCAUCGAUACUGUAGUGAUUGACUGGAUUCGAGAAAAAGUCUUGGAAAGAGCGGGGGGGCAAAAUAUAUUGAACUUUGAUGGAAUGCAAACUAUAUUUAACGAUAUAUCAGAGAUGCUCAACUCACGCGUAAAGCUCGAAAAAACCGAAGAAUUGAAAAUAGCCCGUUUAUAUACAAAGGAGCAAAUCGAAGAAUUGGCCCGGUCGUACGUGCGUUCAGAAGAUCCGGCUGUAUUGGAAAGGAUAGCAUACGUGGUCAACAGACAUGAUGUAAAGGGAGACGGCAUAUAUUGUCUUGAGCAACUCAAAGGAGUAAUCGGUGAUAUAAAAAUCGAAGUUGAAGAAAUAACCCCUCAUUAUCCCAAUGAUGAAGAAAUCACAGAGAUCUAUUCCAACCGGUUUUUUACAAAGCAGCAAGUCGAAGAAUUGGCGCAAUUGUACGUGCGUUCAGAAGAUCCGGCUGUAUUGGAAAAGAUAACAAACGUGGUAAAUUUACACGAUGAAAAAGAAGACGGCACCUAUGGCUUCGAGCAAGUACGAAGUGUAAUCGCUGAUUUAAAAAUCGAAUUUGAAGAAAUAACCGUUCAUUGCCCCAGUGAUGAGCAAUUAAAACAGCACUACUACAACACCACAUACACUACGGAAGACGUUGUAACAAUCAUCAUUAAUAAUUUACUUACCGAAUAGUUUAUUUAUAAUAUUAACUGUUAUUAAAUUACUGCAUGCACGUAGUAAAGCACAUAUUCAAUAUUAAUGUAGUCUUGAUUGAUUAAUAAAUUAUUUUUGCUCUUA